AUGUCUUUUGCAAAUGUUUGUAUAUCAAAAGGAAGUAAAACAUUAUAUGAAUGGUACAUAUAUCCAAUUCUGUAUGAAAUGACGCUCAAAGAAUUCUUUUAUAAGAUAAUUGAUAAAAUACUAUCUAAUGUGCCAAUUGAUAUUAAGCAAAUAAAAAGCAUUGAA